AUGAAAGAACAAAUCUUUUGUCAGUUUCUAGUGGUAUGUAUAUUGUUGUGGUCAUCUCAGAUUCAGGGAAACAGAUGUGACGAUUCAGGCAUCGAAGCUUUGAGGGCUUGUGGAGAUUCUAUCGACAAGAAGCUGCCAUCUCCUCCGAAACCAUUGGAAGGUUGUUGCACUGCUGUCCGAAUCAUUGGGAUGAAAUGCGUCUGCGAAGUCAUCAAUAAGGAAAUCGAAUCAUCCAUUGAUAUGCAAAAACUCGUCAAUGUCGCUGCUGCUUGUGGCCGUCCACUUGCUCCUCGUUCACAUUGCGGAAGUAAGUCCUAA